UGCGUUUCAAGCUGUUUCUGAAUGAAAAAAGUCCCCGGUGAAGAUCCGUAUACGUACAGUGGACUGAUUUACUCCGAUAGUGCAACCAGUGAUGGCCGUCCGAUCCGCCGCCGCCAAGCCGAAGCCUAUGCGGAAGAAAGAUUCCUCCAUUCAGAAACUUUUCAGAAAACCCAAAAUUCUCUUCCCCGUAGCCUUACUCUUUGCGGAUGCCGUCCUUGUUUCCCUCAUCGUCACCUACGUUCCCUACACCAAAAUUGAUUGGGAUGCAUAUAUGUCACAGGUCAGUGGGUUUCUGGGAGGAGAAAGAGAUUACAGCAAAUUGAAAGGUGAUACAGGGCCUCUCGUUUACCCUGCUGGGUUUCUUUAUGUAUAUUCUUUCUUUCAGUAUGUUACUGGAGGCCAGGUCUACCCUGCCCAGAUUUUGUUUGGCUUUCUCUACAUCGUGAAUCUUGGAAUGGUCUUAUUCAUCUACUUGAAGACUGACGUGCUCCCGUGGUGGGCUCUUUCCUUGCUUUCUUUGUCUAAAAGAGUCCACUCAAUUUUCGUGCUUCGCUUGUUCAAUGACUGUUUUGCAACGACUCUCUUCCAUGCUGCACUAAUCUCAUUUCUUUAUCAAAAGUGGCAUCUAGGUUUACUUAUUUUCAGUGGAGCGGUCUCAAUAAAGAUGAACGUACUCCUUUAUGCUCCAUCCUUGUUACUCCUUAUGCUGAAGGCUAUGGAUAUUGUUGGAGUGAUUUCUGCUUUAGCAGGUGCAGCACUAGUGCAGAUCGUGUUAGGGCUACCAUUCUUGCUGUCAUAUCCAACUGCAUAUAUAUCAAAAGCAUUUGAUCUUGGUCGUGUCUUCAUUCACUUUUGGUCUGUUAAUUUUAAAUUUGUUCCAGAACCAGUUUUUGUAUCAAGAGGAUUUGCGCUUUUCUUAUUGGCAGCUCAUCUUAGUCUGCUUACAGUUUUUGCCCAUUAUAGAUGGUGCCGGCAUGAAGGAGGGCUCUUCUCUCUCUUGCAUUCUAGAUUUAUUCAAAUGAAGCUUAGAACUUUUCCGCUUAAACAGUUCAGCAGUCAUGACUCAAAUUUCCGAUUUAUUAGAAUGGAGCAUAUUGCAACGACUAUGUUUGUUGGGAACUUCAUUGGAAUUGUAUGUGCUCGAUCCCUGCACUAUCAGUUCUAUUCUUGGUAUUUCUAUAGCUUACCCUAUUUAUUGUGGAUAACACCUUUUCCAACAUGGCUACGUUUAAUUUUGUUUGCGACAGUCGAGUGUUGUUGGAAUAUCUAUCCCUCAAAUAUUUAUUCAUCGGCACUGCUGCUCGGGGUUCACUUGAUUAUACUAGUAGGUCUCUGGAAAGCUUCUCCUGAAUAUCCAUAUGAGCACGAUAUGAAUUAUAAGUCUUCAAAUUCCAAGAAAAAGGGCAACUGAAUUGCUAGUCUUGUAAGCUAUUUAUUCAAAUUUUGUGUACCAAGUUAAACCUGUUCCUGGAUAUGAACUAGGAUGAAGAGAAAGUUACAAUUAUUAGAUCAGCUCAAUGAAAAGAGACCAAUUUCUUCUAAGGUAUGUGUUCAUGAGGUAUGCUUAUUAUGCUGGAUUGGAUGGGAUUUGACAGUAUAAUGAACAAGCAUCUCGUUUCUCUUCUUUAUUAACCCUACUCAGUUCCUUUUAGUACAACGUAGAAAAUGCUAUCGAAGUACUAGAAAUAUGCAAUGGAUUGCCUACGAUUUACUCAGAUCAAGAAUUGUGUAAAAAUUAACCAUUGCUGGGUAGAAUAAAGAAGCUGCAGUGCUAUGGUUGUAUGUU